AUGGGCCGCGUUUGCACCAAGACCGUGAAGAAGGUGGCCCGGGUCAUCAUCGAGAAGUACCACAGGCGUCUGGGUAAUGACCUCCACACCAACAAGCGCAUGUGCGAGGAGAUCGCUAUCGUCCCCAGCAAGACACGCCGCAACAAGAUAGCCGGCUAUGCCGCACAUCUGAUGAAGCGGGUUCAGAGAGGAAGAAGAGAGAGAGAGAGAAGAGAUAAUUACGUUCCUGAGGUCUCAGCCCUAGGCCAGGAGAUCACUGAGGUAGAUCCUGACACCAAGGAGAUGCUGAAGCUUCUGGACUUUGGCAGGCUCUCCAACCUGCAGGUCACUCAGCCUACAGUUGGGAUGAAUUUCAAAACACCACGUGGAGCCGUUUAAAUCUGUUCUGUCACAUUUUCAAC